AUGUUCCGCUCUAACGCCACAGCGGCGCCGCCACAAUGGACUCAGAGCCUGCGGCGGCGAGGUCCCGUCUCCGUGCCAAAUGUCCGCCAUCGCCGCCUGCUUCCGGCAGCGUCCCACAGAGACGGAGCGCGGCGGACAGAGGCCGGAGCAAAUGGGUCUAAAAACAUAACGGUUCAAAACAGUGUGAGGAGCCCGGAGGAGGAGAGGGCUGCAUCUGCACGCCACAUGCACUCACUGGAUCCACGGCGAGAUGCAAGCGUGAUGGCGAGAUGCGAGCGUGACGGCGAGCGUGAUGGCGAGAUGCGAGCGUGA